AUGGAGUCAAGCGAAGAUGUGGCCAGGCUCAGGGCCGCUACUGAUGACUCUGAAUUUGUAGAACAACUGCAAAAUGUCACCAUAAAUACAACAAAUAAUACCACCACUAACGCCUCCACAAAUUCCGGGAUUGGAAAGGAUAAACUUGAUGGAGUGAUUAUGGGCAUCAGAGAAAUCUCUACACAGCUUGAGUUAACAAGUCAAUACGAGUUAUCAGCUCAUUUGCUGCAUAAAUCAAGUUCGAUAUCUUCUCUGAGGCUUAACCAAUUUGACCCCUUGAAAUCGCCUCUUGAGAGAUCGAUUUAUCUCAAUAAUCGCAAGAGAUUUUUCAGAUGCUCAUCAUGUAACUUGGAAUCCACAAUUCAAAAUCCUUGGUUUCCUCUAGUUUAUCGCCAUUUAGAUUCUGAGGGCUCAUGCAGCAAGGACAUUCAAUAUGCCCUUUUUAGGCCUUUAACGUCAAAUUUUACCACUGAUGAUUUAGAUCUCCUCACAUUGCCUAUAAGUUCCAAAUGCGAUUGCCAAGAUUUAUCAUCUACCUGUUUUGAUCAGGCUGAUUUGUCGCCGAUUUCAGAACCACUUGCAUCGACAUAUAACAGAAAGAAUUCUAUAUCCCAGCCUCUUACAGUUGUAAAUUGUAGAAAAUCAUCUAAGUCUGGAAAGAAGGUUGUGUGUUAUAGCAUCACUAGGCUACUCAACUUUGAUACAGAAUACCAAGUUUACCAAUGCAUUGACAGGGAUAAUAUGGAUUCUUUUGCCUUGAAACUUAUUGCAAAGGAUGAUAGGGGGCACCAACUUGUUGAUAUGUACGAAAGGCUAUACGACGAACCUCAUCCAAAUCUCCCCAGUGUAGUGCACAUAUUGGACGAUGUGGAUCUCUAUUAUAUUAUGAUUGAUAAUAUACGUGGACCGCUAAUCUCAGAAUUAGUGAUUUCGCAUCUGCCUGGAUCUCUUCCCAAGGAGGGAGUAAAAAAGAUCAUUAAGGAGAUUCUUCAAGCACUCAAAUACCUCCACAGUAAAAAUAUUUCAUUGAAUAAUCUGUGCUUGGAGAAUGUUGCUUUUAAGCAGCCCUUAGAGACUGGCUGCGACUUUGACCCUUGCCUAUCUCCCCGCUUCUCAAUCCUAUCGCUAUCUUCUUUAAAACAAAUCCCCAGUGUAACAAUCACAAAUGUUGACUCAUUUUCUAUUCACAAUAUCGAAGUCAACGAUAGUAAUUCCAAUGGCACCGCUAAAUCUACGAUUAAGAUUCCUCAAUCACUAAUAGACAAUGACUUAUGGUGUGUAGGAUUCAUAAUGUAUUGUUUGUUUCAGGGCACACCCAGUGUCAAAUGUAAGGAGUCGUUUAAUCCAUUUGGUACGCUGAGCAGUGAUAAUUGGGAUGGUUUGGAUAGAGAGUUGGAUUUGUGCAAGAGAUUGCUGGCUGUUGACCCUCUUCGUCGUGUUACUAGUGUUCAAGAAGCACUAAUCCACCCCCUAUUCCACAUAUGA